AUGGCGGAACAAACCUUUGAUAAGAAGAGGCGGUUGGAUGAGGACGGAAACGCCUCGGCGUUCGCCGAAAACACGGCAGAAAGUCGCAAGGAGAAGCUGGAGACCUGGCUCAAGCCCCUUGACAACGAGCAGCUGGUCAAGCUCCUCCUUGAUAUGUACGUCAUGUUCUGCGCCAGUUGUGUCCUUGUGUGUGCAUGUGUGUGAUGUGUUGUUUUUCGUUCCAUUUUUUUGGGGUGGCAGCCUCGCUUGGGUUCCUUGAUCGUAUCAUAUGCCCAUGCUCAUUUAGAUUGGCAUAUGUGGACGGGAACUUCAAUCUCUACUGCUUGUUAUUGUUAUUGCCCACAUUAUGUCGUCUCUGUCGUCUCGUCCAUGAUGUCUGUUUUGAACGUGUCUACGUCUUUCGGUCCAUCCUUUUGUAGCAGAUACUGAGUUGUGUUUCUAUUUGUUUCUAUUUGUGUUUGCCGCGGCCCGUUUGGUGUGACCUCUUUCCUGUUUCUUUUGCUCUCU